AUGUCCGAAAGUCGAUCUCGAACAGUCGAUGGGGUUUCGUCGCUGGACUCUUCCGCCGAAGAGAAGGCACACCAGCAUGCACCAGCCGCUGUCUCCGCUCACGAGAGCAAACUUCCACCUGCCUCGAGAAAUCCCGUAUCGAGAUGGUAUAUCAAUCGUUUUGGGAAACCGUUGCAUUUAAGAGUUAAGAUUCGGAACCAAUUAAGUUUGCUUUUUGCUAUCUUGAAGUUCUUGGUCGCGAUUUUCACGUUGACUGCCGUUGGGGCUCUAGCGGGUAUCUCAUGGCGCAACAAUCUCGGUUUUAUCAAAGACUCUGCGACCACCAGACUCAGUAUGACUGCCGAUCUUAAGCGUGCCCAAAUGGUACAGGCCAUUGAAACUUUAGAGGGACUUGCUUCGUCCAUCGCCACCCGAAGUGCCCCGAUUUCUCUUCUAACACGGUGGAUCAACGGAACAAUAACAUCGAAUUACUGGGGUUUUGCUGCUUCUGAUACCGCCUCAGCCUUGUCCGCUCAGCGGUUUUAUGUUGCCGCAACCCUUUAUAAUGCCAAUCUCACGCAAGCAUUGCUCAAUAUUACAGCUAACCCGCCUGGAAAUCGCGAUUUUAAUGAUGCGAGAAACAAAAAGGAUGCUUUAGGCGUUUUUACAGAUGAAAAUGGACAAGCACAAUCGGCCAAUUGGGAUGGGCAUGAAGGAUUCCCUGAUGAGCUAUACCCUCGAGCCUCCGUAAUAUCGAAUACGUCCGCCGAGAAAUUAGAGCUUUUCAACCAGGGAUUCAUCGAAAACCACCAGAGCCUUCUUUUAGGACCAGUACAAGUCAACAGCUCAUACUAUAUGAUAUCUUUUACUGUUCCAGUCCAUAAUUCAACUCGUGCAUUGAUAGGUUUCUGGACAAUCUUGCUCGAUGCUCAGCUCCUAGUUGACAUUGUAAAUACUACCCAGGGCAUGGGGGACACGGGGCAGACCUUACUUGUUGGUCCUAAUACUAUCACUAACAUAUAUGAACCACGAGAUCGAGAGCUCACAGAUGAUACACAAUUCCGCUACUUACUUCCUCCUGUGCGGACACCUGAACUUUACGGAACCGUUGACAAAAUGGGAAGCUUCCAAGCUGUCAAGAAGGCGUAUUUCAGUGUCAAUGACAGUGAUGAAGCCGUUGCCGAACUCGACACGCGAAAUACCCAGGGCCAGCGGGUGAGUGUUGGAUAUGGCAUCAUUGGAUCUGCGAAUAAAUUUGCCGAUUGGGCUCUAAUAGUUGAAAUGCAAAAUUCCGAAAUAUAUGCUCCCAUUUCGAAAAUCCAGCAGCUUUUAAUUGCAACAGUUUUCGGUGUCGUUGGAGGGAUACUCCUCUUCAUAUAUCCCCUUGCCCAGUGGGCGGUCUCUCCCAUCACACGGCUUCGAACUGCUACAGAGCGAACAACUCAACCACCCUCCUACGAUGACGUGCGAGAAGGCCGCGAUCAUGAUGACCCCGAAGACGGACGCCGUAACUCAAGUCAAAGAGGGUUCAGGAUUCCCCUCAAAAUUCCGGAACGCUCCUAUUUCAUACACGACGAACUCACGGAUCUCACUCAUACCUAUAAUCUAAUGACUGAAGAAUUGACUAGGCAUUAUGAUGAGUUGGAGGAUCGAGUAUUUCAGAGAACCCGCGAAAUCGAAGCCCAAAGGAAGGUAGCCGAAGAGGCCAACGAAUCAAAAACUAUUUUCAUUGCGAAUAUUAGUCACGAGCUUAGGACACCUCUAAAUGGUAUUCUUGGGAUGUGCUCAGUGCUAAUGGGCGAAAAGGAUCCAAGUCAGGUCCAGCACAGCCUUCGAAUUAUAGAAAAGUCAGGCGAAUUACUCUUGGCUUUGCUGACUGAUCUUUUAACCUUUAGCAAGAAUCAAUAUGGCAAUCAUGUGAUUCUUGAGGAACGAAAUUUUCGACUAAGUGAUGUCACAAGUCAACUCAACGCCAUCUUCAAAAAACAAGCAACAGAAAAGCAUAUCGACCUCACAGUUGCAGUCACGCCGGUUCAUUUCUUGGAAUCAGCCGUGUUUUUCGGCGACAGUAAUCGUCUGAUGCAGAUUCUAAUUAAUCUCAUUGGUAACAGCCUCAAAUUUACAGAAGUCGGCUCUGUUAAAGUUAGGGUCGUAGUGAAAGAAAAUCAUGGCAAGGAUGACGGCUUGGGUCGCGCGAACUCUGAUGGCUCGCGACACUCAAAGAUGUUCUUUUCUCGAGGGAGCUUGAGGGGCGGUUCAAUGACUCAGAAGCCUCCAUCCCGGCAUACAUCCUUAAAUGGGCCCCAGGCUAGUAAGACCGACGGCCUCGCGGAGAAGAUUUCCAACGUGCUCACAAGGACUGCUACAGGAGUACCGUACGACGGAAAUGUAUCACGUGAAGACAUACUAACAGAAAAAGAAGCCAUUCUUCCUGGGGUCGAUAGCGCUUUUAUCGGUGAAUUCUGGGUUGAGGAUACGGGGCCGGGGAUACCACCGGAUCUCCACGAGAAGGUAUUCGAACCAUUCACCCAGGGAGAUAGAAGCCUUAGUCGGAAACAUGGAGGAACGGGGUUGGGGUUGAGCAUAUGCCGCCAGCUGGCCGCAUUGCUAAAAGGAACUAUUGUUCUCAAGCAAUCAGACAGCAACGGUAGUCAAUUCUGCCUCACUAUCCCUCUUAAACUUGCUAGGGAAGGCGCUUCGGCUAGGGAUAGCAUCGCUUCAAGCCUCGAUGGCAGUCUUCAAGAGAGUACUGUCGCAGCUGUUCUCGGUGGAACAAACGCUCUUGUUCUAGAAAAGGAUCUUGGACGCGUCUUACCGACCCCAGUAGGCUGGAACCUAACACGAAAAUCCCGAGACAACAUCUCUAUUCCAGAAUUGGGUCUUGGAGGAGAUUUGGGUACCGUUAUCAAUUCGGAACAUAAGACAAUACCGAUAACAAAGAAUGCAGGAAAGCUUCUCGACCUUCCGGCAAACCCCCUUACUCAAAUGGAGAGGAUUAGGGUUCUAGUGGCGGAAGACAACCCUGUAAACCAGGAGGUUGUUUCCCGAAUGUUGCGUUUAGAGUCGGUGUAUGACAUUGUUAUUGCCAAAGACGGCCAGGAAGCGGUGAACCGCGUGAAAGAAGCCCUAUCUGAAGGGAAACAUUUUCACAUCAUCCUCAUGGAUGUCCAGAUGCCCACCUUAGAUGGCAUCCAAGCUACGAGUGUCAUCAGGUCGCUUGGAUACAGGGCGCCCAUAGUAGCAUUAAGUGCUUACAGCACAGAAAACAACAUUAAAGAAUGCUACGACUCCGGUAUGGAUUAUUUCAUUAGCAAACCGGUUAAGAAAAGCCAACUACGAACCGUUUUAAAACGAUACUGUUCAACAAUCCCCGAAGAAAAUACCCCAUCCUCGGAAGUCGAGUCCCCCUUGUCAAUGUCACCGGUACAAACGCCUUCGAUAGAGACGACGCUCCUAACCCAACCGCCCGGCACAUCGGAAUCAGCGUUGUCGUUACCGUAG